GGAAACCUUGUCUAAAAGUCGGUCUCCUCGCCUCACUGUAUUUCUGAAGCGCGAGGCCGCAGCGGAGGCUGGCGGGGAGAGGAGGAAUGCCGGCCAACAUGCAGCUCCCAGUCAGAUGUAGCAGGAGGAUUUUCCUGGCUGUUUGUGUAAUCCUCUUUGUGGGAUGCACAGCGCAAGGUGCCCCCAUGCAGAAGGCUCGGUACAAGAGGGUGAGGUGCCGGCCCGACGCCUGGUCCCCCAACUGCAUCGAGGAGAAGGGGCCCUGGUUCCACCUGCCCGAUGGCGGCGCCAACAGGAUCCUCCCUCCCAUGGCCGACCCGUCCCUGAUGAAGAGUUCUCAGGAGCUGAGAGACAUCUUCCCACUCUCCGAGGAGGAAUCGGGCUCCGGCUUGGACAUGGCACCGGAGAUGGAGCCGGCCUCGGGGUCAGGAGCCGAGGCCAUCCCCGCUCCCCGCGCUGCCCGGAGACCGGAGCUACCGCCGGGGCUGGGGCUGCAGCUGUCGGAGGAGGCUCUGCUCCUCUAGGGCCCGGCCGCCAUGACGGGACCAGCCCCUACCACCGCUCAAUAAAAACCGUUGCCUUAUAACCGUUACGGCUUUCGUUCAUUAAAUGUCUUUAUUAGGGCCGGACGCUGGGCUGUUUUGGUACAUUAAAGCGUUUAUUAGGGCU